AGUAACUUCGGAAAGUAUGUUCGAGGAGCAACAACGUGAUGAUGAAGUAACAAAAAAUCAAAUAGAAGAGAAGGAAUCAAGGACGGCGCCACCAGAGGACGACAGAGGACAGGAGAAAGAGGCGACUCCGGCUCCGACGUUGACCUCAGGUGAGUGUUGUCUCGCUGGCAGAAGCAUUUGGGAUGUUGAAAGGUGGGUCAAACACAGCGGCUCAGAAGCGGCUAAAAUCAAAUAUGAAGUACCAUGGUUGAUCCAAAACAUCACAGACCCAAUCUAAUGAAUACUGACACCUCAAGCAGUAUUGUUUCAGUAAGAUAAAGUACUUCCUUCAUAUACAAGAUUCUUCCUCUUUCAUGUACAUUUCUAGUGGAGUUAUGAUGUGUACUUCAGGUGUAACACACUGUCUGCAGACCACCAGUCGUCUGCAAUGAAUGCACCGAUUAAAAACCGUUGUGACCAGUCUAAAUUUUUUAUUUCACAUUGGAAAAUAAAUCUGAAAAAGAUGAGACAGCUUCAGGAAUUGUGACAUUUUUAUUUAAUUCAUUUAGAAGAAUGAUAUGAAUACUGACCAUUUCAAAUUCAGAACACAGUAAAAUACCAAUAAGUAUAUAUAACCUGGGUAAUUGAGGGAAAUACCAAAGAGAAAGUUAACAAGCCACACUUUCAGGUUUUGUUCCUUUUGUAAACUGAAACAGAGCAUAUAAACAUACCCGUGUAUAUCGCCAAAAUUAUUAAAUAUAAAAUAAAAAUGAAGUAAAUAAAGGCUGGGGAUUUCGUGAGUUCAGUUACAAGGAGAGGUAUUGUACUUAACACUGUGAUCAAAGACACAAAACUGUGUGAAUUUUUUUUUUCUGACUGUGAGGGAAAAGUACAAGUUUGCAACAGUAUAUGGUUCCGUUUUUUCUUUAAUUCGAUAUCAAUGAAGAGUUUGCUUGAAUGACUUAAAGAAUGUGCCAAAACCUUUUUACGCCAAAAGUUACCGAACAGUCUGAAGAUGAGAGCACCAUAGAUAAUCUUCCUGCACAGCUCCGAGAUGAUCUGCAGACAGAAAAUGACGGGAACUCAACAGCUACAGGUGAGAAAACUGACUUCAAAAUCCAACAAUGUGAAGGUGGUGCUCGUUCCUGGAGGGCAUGUGAUGACUGUGGCCUUCAACAUUGGUUUCAGCAUUCAAGAACUAAAGCGUUACCUUGGCGCAGAGCUCAAAGUUCCAUCUGAGAUUUUACAGAUUUCUCUGAAUGGUAAAGUGGUGGAGGAAGAGCAGAGUCUCAUGGGACUUGGUGUCCUUCCUCACAGCUCCACCCCGAUGGAAAUGAGCUCGGUGGACCCUGACACCCACCCUCUCAUCCCACCUCAACCCAGAGAGCCAUACAACAUGCCUGAUGUUAUCACAGUCAGGGUGCAAAGCGACGAUGGUACAGCAAAGGACGUGGUGGUGGAGAUUGAGCGUGCGCGCCAGCAGAAGCCUUUUCAGGGCGGCUACAGACACCGACUGACAGGGGCAGUGUACCACAAUGCAGGCAUCCAGACUGUCCCCAAAAAGAGACCACCUAAGAACGUGGAAGUCUUCAGGCGUGACACACAGACUGUGGAAGUGAGGACUCAGUAUGACCAGUGUCCGGUCAGCGUUGCAACACAGAUUACAGGCAUCGGCUGCUACAUCCCUGGUCGUGAAGACAGACUCAUUACGCCUGGACGUUACCAGACUGCUGAGGAGUAUCACAACCUGAGACUUAAGGCCGUCAUCUGUUUACAGUCCUACGCUCGCCGCUGGCUGUCCACACAGGCUGUGGAGCGGCUGAGGAGGCAGCGGAACCUGCGUCUGGCCUGGCUGGACAUGCAGGAGCAGAGGAGAAGGAAAGAGAAGGAAGUGGAACAAGAGGACAGAAGACGUCGCUGGAUGAACCCACAGACCAAGGAGGAUAUAAACCUGUUGUACCAUGCUCUGGAGAAGUGGAGGUGCGAGCAAGAGCAAAAGAUCAAGUCCACCAUGCGAGGAGUGGAGAGGAAAGCUGCCCUCUGCUCGCUGCUGGAACAGGAGACGGAAUAUAUCAAAACAAUUGGAUGGCAUGAGAUUGCGACUCAAAACAAAAACAACAUUAGAGCUGUCAGGCACUUCCUGAACAAGGCUGCAGCCCCUUAUCAGUGGCGAGCAGCCGACGGUCGAUAUAUUGAGAUGGACACACCAAACACAAUCAGAGCAAGAGAAUUGCGGGAUCUUUACGGCAAUAUCACACUCUCCGAUGUGAGCAAAGAGCAGAGACUUCUGGACCUAAUGACUCUCAAAAGCACAGUCGAGGAGCACACGUGUCAGCUGACCUGGGAUAUUGUGGAGCUGAUUGACAGGGAGGUGGACAUGAUCACGCGUGGAAUUAAGGCGGUAAAGUUGGAGGGUCUGAGGUCCAGGAUCUCCACUCUAUUUCUCCAGUACAUUAAAAUCCCAGCAUUCAACCCAGAGGUGGCUCAGCUGCUGAAAGUUCCUCAGGACCCAGCCCAGCUCAAGAAUGAUGUGUUUCUCUGCCUCAGCUGCAAUCGCUACCUGCGCUCUGCAGACUUCAGCUGGUCAGCCAGCAUCCGGCAGAAUCACCGUUGUCGCGAUUGCACGAGGUUGGACAACAUCGGGAGAUCAAGGCCUGACCUCUUGGUUUAUAAGAACAUGCUGAAGCGUCUCAGGGCUGAUGAGCUGAUGCUCAACGAGGAGUCCAAGAUCCCCUUCCUGCUGCAGGUUGAGGACAUGCGUUACCUGGUGGAGGCGCUGUGGGACUCCUGCUCAGCACUUCAGACCUCCAGGGACCUGCAGGACCUAGUGUUCGUUCGCUGGCAGCGAUUGAUCGAAUGGAGCCCCUGGAACUGCAUCCUCCUGGCUAAAGAAGAAGUUUCAGCACACUGGAACGUGGAACACAUCCAUAAGGCGUAUGCUGAGACGUUCAUCCGCAGGAUUGAACAAAAGCAUGUGAUGGCCCGUCGUCACUUCAAGCAUAUCCCACUCCUCAACAAGUACAUGGAGUCUCAGGCGGCCGCCGCCAUGAGCGACCAGCUUGUCAUCACACCUAUUGUCAUGGAAACAGACAAGCCUCUCGCAGAUACUCCGUCAGCCACACCUGAUUAGAAAAAAACGCCCUGUUUGAUUUCACUGGUGUCUCCUGCCUUUGUUCCUGUCCUGGUUGGCUGAUCACAUUGAGAGACAUCAUUCAGGAUUUCACACUGUACAGAUCUGCCAUCAGCGCUUGGCUUUUUCUCUUUGCUGAUGUACACCUUUGUGGGAUUGACAGAAUAAAAAAAAUCUAUUUUUGGCAUUGUCAAUCACAUUCUCCUUUUCAAAAUAGAUGCUCCAUAUGUACAUUUCCAGUCAUGUGUGGUGGUUAUUCAUUUUAUGUCUACCUCAAACAACAGAAAAGGUUCCCUAGGUUGCUGCUGCUAUAAGUCAUUGUCAACCAUUGAGUGGUGUUUUCCUUGUCAAACUGGGUCAAUGCCCAAUUUGGGUCCAGUGGAAUUUAUUAUUGAUCACCUGAUUAUUUUCUGAAUGUCACUGCUUAUUG